AUUCGAAAACCGAGUUAACUGCUAAAGGUUCAAUUACUUUUGAUAGCGUAGCUGAUGCUUUAGAAGCCAUUAUGCAUAUUAACUAUGUCAUUUUCUAUAGAAAAGUGGAGUCCCGAAGAUUAAGCAACAGCAUUAGAUGAAUCUAAAUGGACGUGAUACAGAGAAAUUUUGGAAUGAUGGCCGAAAAAAUCGACAGAAUGCGAAGUCUAAGGGAACGAUGCGACAACUACGUGAGAAUGAUCAAACUAACGCUGGACGAGACAAUCCAAGAGCAAAACUCUUUGUUGGAUGGUUCAGCAAUUCAUCAUCGGCUAAAAUAUCUGGGUGCAAUGGAUCUUAAGCCAUCGGGGUUAUCACCAAAAACAUACGGCACACAUGCAUUUUACCCUAAACGCAUCGGGCAUAACCACAAGUAUGUAGUGCUCGACGACGGUUUAGGAGUUAAAAAGCGCAACGACACUGAUUUGAAGAUAACUGGUCCAUAUUCGGCUAAUACAGACUGUUACAACUUUGAUGAGUAUAAGCCUCAAAGUUGCCGGUACGUUGACCCUUUAAUGCAAGAUUACACCGAACCGUAUUAUGUGCCAAUGCAGGUGCCGAAGAAAUACGGCGAUAUAGUCAACUACCGGACCCCAAGCUUCGAGGAUUUAUAUUAUUUUCCGGCAUCUAGACCUAUAGCCCAGUAUCCUAAGCACACGGCCGAACGUUUUUACAGGCGAAAACCCGUCGAACGGUAUACGGAAGAAGAAGCUCCUUGCUGGUCUACAAGAGUGCCUAAGCCAGUUCGAGUGGUCGAGCGGAAACCCAUGUACCCCACCACUGAGAGCUACACUGAUCGUAAAAACCAUUUGGCUACUGCUUACUACCGUCCAUCUAGAUACCAUUUUCCCAACGACCACGACCCUUACCGUACGCGUUAUGACCAUGGCGAUGACUACUACGACCACCCUGAGUACGGUUAUCGAUACAGCGUAACACGACCCGUUUCUCCAGUUUACUAUAGUCGGUCCCGCUGUAACUAUGCUGAUGACCCAGAAGAUUUAUUAGAAAAAACCAUCAGAGAUUAUGUGUGGGGAAAUGGUACCCGUGAGAGCCGGAGAAUGGCUAAAUACGAGAGUUCUCCCAGGUAUGGGUUUGUUGACAAGUGGCCUUGGCGGACCAGAGAAGGAGAGCAUCAGGUCGGACCUCAGAUUCAAGACGCCAAAGAGAUAAAAAAAAGCACGAUUAAGAACAGUGUUACUUUGGAAGGGAGGCGUAUAUCAUUGGUCGACGAUGAUUGUGUAGCACAUCCUGACGACGGAUGGAAUAGCGAAAAACCUGAUUAUACACACAAACCAGCUAUGCCACCCAAGCGGAUAAGUUUUGACUUAAACAAUUCAGGAGACGAGCAGUUACCUCGAAAACUUUCCCAAGACUGUUCAAUCGAAACUGGAAAAACCAUCGGUGCGUGCAGGUCGAGCGCAGUUAAAAGAGAAUCAAUUUCCAAAACUAUGCAGCCCGAAGCAGAUCGGGUACGUCGAUCUUCAACGACACCUCGGAUAAAGUCACACGAACGUUCUUUGGCCAAAACCGAUACAACCGGCGUACGAACCGUCGAGUGUAUGGGUCAGUCUUUCGAGUCCGACAAAUUUUCUAGGGAGAGCUUUGACGAAAAAUCCAUAGAUACUGGCGGAGCCAAGUCUUAUGCCAGUUUGGCAGACGAAAUAGUAAAUAGAACGUCUUUGAAGAAUAUCGACGACGGUCAAGGUUCUUUGUCAACGGUCACCAUGCGUAACGAUCGACCAGAUAGGUCGCCUGUAGGUGACGAUAGCAGCGUGGUCGAUCGGAGAAACAGCAGCAGCUAUAGGAACUACAGUUAUAAAAAUGACACCAAUAGUACCGGAGAAGAUAAUCAAUCGCCGAGUACGUACAAAGUUCCGGCCAUGUUACCGGACACCGCAGUUUUCGACCAGGGCCAACUCAAAAGAGACGUGAGCAUUCCUAAGCAGAAUUCCAAGGAUAGUUACCACGAAGACAUCGAACCAGAAAUGACUGGAAACGGUCGAGAGUCCGAAUUGAUUCGCCAAAGUUCUGUUGGAAAUAACGACUACCAACCGUUUGGAUCAGAAACUCAUGCCGACGAACGGUAUGUAGACGAAGCUUACUAUCAUCCGGACAAUGAACAGUCCGGCGAAAGGCAACAAGAAGCGCAGGAUGAUCAGUAUUACCAAGACUACCAAAACCAACCUAUACCUGUCGAUCGACAGUAUGACGAACCCCAAGUCCACGAUAGUAAUGAAUAUUCCAACGAUCAAUAUUACUAUGGAGACGUCCCUGCAGGUGGGGGCGAAAACGAUCCGUCUGUUCAUCAGCAACGUUACGCCGAACCACAGGAGAAUGUUUAUGUGACCACCGAACAGCAGGAUCAGCGGCAACAACAAGACGACUAUAAUCGAUACGAAGAUUAUUCUACCGUACAAGGUGCCACCAACGACGGCUAUUACGAUUACCAAGGUGAUCAGGGGGCUGUAGAUGAACAACAACCUACGCGGAAUGAAUAUUAUGACUAUGGGAAUUAUACUAACGGUCAAGAACCACAGCUAUCUGAUCAACAGUACGUCGCAGAGCCGAGUGAACCACAGACCAUCAAUCACUAUAAUCAGGAAGAACAUCCACAACAAGAGGGAGAUGAUUACUACUACCAAAAUAAUCCAGAUACGGGUGGAUAUGGGGACAUGCAGCAAGAAUCUAGCUAUCCACAAGGCGAGUACGACGAGCACCUUCCUCAGAGGGAACACGAAGGCUAUGGCACCACUGACGAUUACUUUUAUCAAAACCAGAGUGUCGGAGACUAUGCGGAUUCGGUGGCCAAGGAUCAGGAGUACGCGGUUGACUACAACCAUUCCCAGGGUUACCAAAUGGACGAUGGACAACCGACCGAAGGUAAUCCCACGACGGACUACGGGCGUCAACAACAAUUGGAAUAUCGAGAAAAUGACAUGUAUUCGAUGCAACAGUCAGAAGCUGUCGGUCAACUGCCAGAAGAUGACGACAAUCGACUAAAUGAAGAACAAACAAAAUAAAUAUAAAAUGUAACGAGUACCGUUAGAAUUAAUCUUGAACCGAGUGAAUUCUUUAACUCUUCUCGUCCUUCAUAAAAAAAAAUGCAUAGCAACACUAGUGGCCGUAUUCUAAAUUUGUGUGCAGUAGCAUAUCCCUAACCUGGAACACCAUUAGUACAAUUUUAUUAAUACACAUGCACGCUAGUUAAUUCGAGAAAAAAUCGAAAAGAAUUCAGGUACAAAGUAUACAUACAACGUUGUGCAAAAGAACAUAUUACAUUUUUAAAAAUUAAUUACUGAAAGCAAAAUGUAUCAGAGCAGUAAAUUUACUAUGAUUGCUCAACUUUUUAUUUAUUAAACUAUAAAGUAUUUUUUAUAAUUUAUAGAAUAAAUAACUAAAAAACAACCACCAUAAUAUGGUAUCAACCCUAAAUACACUUGUUAUUCUAAUACAACAAGCUGAGCUCUUCAAAAAAACGGGUAACCUGGUACUGUAAACGCUUUACUUGUAAUGUCGAACAGGUUAAAAUUGGUCACUAUUUUCUUUUAAGCUUGACCUAUAACACUUUACAUUUUAAUGUUUAAUUGAUUCGACUUGUACUAUGACUGAAAUAUGUCGUAUUUGAGGGGAAAGGUGAGUCAUUAAUUCCAUUACCCUGUUUGAAAUAUCUUUUAAAUAGUUUGUUUUAGCUUCGAUGCAGAGCGGCGAAGGUAUUGGUUUUACUCUGAUGUGGGCUUUUUUUUAUCUAUAUACGCUGUAACUUUUUUAAUACUGGACCAAUUCCUUCGAAUAGCAACUCUAUAAAUUACAAAUUUCAUCUAGUUGUUACUUUGGGGGGGGGGAGUCAAAGUUGAAAAAGUUUACUUCUUCACAGUCGAAAAUUGAAAAAACAAAAAAAAAACCGUACGAGUUUUUAAGUUAGCGUUUAUUUGAAAGUGAUUUUAUUCAAUUUUAUCACUUUUAAUUAUAAUAAUUCCUAUAGACCUGUGACCUCUCCGUCCCCUCGUUGCUUUGAUUCCAUUAUGCCUAUACUCUACUGUACUAGU